AUGUCUGACGAAGAGAGUAUACAGAAGGAGGAAAUUGAUGACUUGUUUGGGGAUGAUGAGGAGGAGGAAGAGGAAGUAGUGGAGGAGGAAGAGGAGAAAAAAAAGGCUCACCUAUCCGAUUCGAAGUUGGACAAUUAUGAAAAUGGUUCAACACAACAAUACGAUUCGGAAGAAGAAGAAGAAGAAGAAGAAGAAGAAGAAGAAGAGAAGAAACAAAUUUUGGCAGUAUCGAUACCACGACAUGCGAUUUGUCUGAUAUCAGAGGGUACCAGAAUAUUGAAAACGCCAGCACAUUUGAACAUCGAACCGCAUCCAUUUGAUCCUGCCAAAUUUAAAGAGCAAGUGGAACUUAAAGGAGUUGAAAGAAAAAAACAGGGGUUGACGUCAAAGCAGAUCUAUAAUGAACAGCUAGCGGAGAAAUUAGUUAACGAAACUACAAUCAGAUGGAGGUAUCACAAUUCGGGCAAUGACGAGAUCAUUAAACAGUCCAAUGCUCACUUUGUGCAAUGGAACGACGGAAGUUUGAGUUUAAAAAUAGGUACAGAAAUGUUUGAUGUGCGAAGUCUACCAGUAGUGGAUAGUUUGCUUGUGAGGUCGUAUAAGACCAGUGAGAUUUUGCAAGCUGAUUCUGUAGUGGAACAGAAUAUCAAUCUCUUGCCUGCUUCGACUGAUUCGAUACAUAAGAAAUUAAUACAGGCGAUGAAAAAUAUCCAGUCAAAGGAUAAGAUUUUGAGUACCACGACGGAAGACGAUCCUUUGAAGAAACAAAGAAUCGCGGAUGAGAACGAGAAGAAGAAGAUGAAGAUGAAGAAACAGUUGGAAAGUAGAAGGAGGUUGCAGGAGGAGAAAUGGGAGAGAGGAGAAAGUCCCGCGUCUGGGUUCAAGAGGCGUGCUUUUGGAUAUGGAGAUGAAGAAGAAGGCGAGGAUGAGGAUGAUGAUGAUGAUGAUGAUGAGGGUUAUGGUAGAGAACGAGAAGAGUAUGAUGAAGAGGACGAUUUCAUUGCAGCGGAUGAAGAAGAAGUUGAGCAAUAUGAGGACGAGGAUGAGGACGAGGAGGAAGAGAAGAACAAACGGGAUUAUGCUAGAGCUGCGGAAGAGGAAGAGUUUGAAAGGGGUGCGGAACGAUUGAGAAAGUUGAAAGAAGAAAGUGCUGCUAAGUAUAGAGCUGAGGAAGAGACCAGGAAGCGAAGAAGAAUUAUAGAUAGUGAUGAUGAGGAUGAGUAA